UUCCUUGUCUAUAAAUACUCAAACACUCGUGCAAAGGAUCAUCACCAUUUCCAUUUUCAAAUAAUCUACAAAUAUGAAAUCCCACUCAUCUACUUUGCUUUCUUUUACAACCGGAGAGACCCAAAUUAUUACAACGUCCCUGCCCAAUUACAAUUCCUCCCUCCAUUCUGUCCGUAAACCGCCUCCCAAGAUCACAAAGAAGCCGAUUGCCCCUAUCCCUCCUACUCCUCCACGCGUUUAUAAUGUCAACCCUUUACAUUUUAAACAACUCGUGCAGAAGCUCACUGCUGAACCGGAGUUCCAGUCAUCGCGGCGACGACGGCGGCUUCACAAGCUGGCACCACCGCCGCUUGCUCUCGACAAGAGUACUGAUCAUGUGCCGCCGCCAGAACAAGAUCAUGAUCUGUUAAAUUAUGUGAAGACAAUUCAAUCGCCGAGUUUAUGGAAUACAUGUUCCGCGGCUGAGUCGACUUUCGAGAUGAAGAAUUCUCCAGCUGGGUGGUUUGGUAUGUCCUCGCCGUUGUGGUCAUCCUUCCCGGCUUUGAGUCCGGGCAUGUUUUCUGCAUUUGAGAUGAAUACAAGUAAUUCAUUUUCAUUACAAGUAUUUCCUGAUUUGUGA